AUGCCCCUCAAAAUCGUUCCGCCUUCGCCUCUUAGUUCCCAUUUCACGGCUUCGCUCGGCGCGCAUCUGCGCGGCAGUCUCAGCGCUCUCACGGCCCCGCGUUCCGCGGUCCCCUUCACCUCUUCCGCCUCCCUCUUCCCCGCAAUGGCCGCGCGCAAGCCCCGCCAAGCCACGCUCGCGGCGUUCUUUUCCGCGCCCAAGCGAAUGCGCGCGAACGGAACGUCCCCGCCACGGGGAAACAAUCCCGCUCCGCCUUUCCCGCCCUCCCCUUCCGCGGACGCGAAUCCUGCGCGUGUCGCGGAGGAGAGCGAGCGCGCCGCGCCAAGAAACUGCGCCGAGGCAACCCACCAGUCUGAGGGACCAGGGACGCCUGCCACGAGCCAGAUACGACCUAGCAGCGACAGCAACAACCUUCCCCCGAUAAACGCCCAGUCGCCCCCGCCUAGGUCCCCGCGCGCCAAAUCUCCGCCUGGCUUCGCCGCCAGGAGCGUCACCCCCGCGCAGUCUCCCCCCAUGGUAGCCAGCGCAAGCGCAAGCGCGGGAAGUCGCAGCGGCGUCCCGCUCACUCCGCAGAUGCCGCACGCGGAUGCCGCGGCUGGCGCGCAAGCGCAAGUGGGGAAGUUCCCCCCGCUGAGAUCGCUGCUGCGCGAGCCGUCCUGGGUGGCAGCGCUUGGACGGGAGUUCGACGAGCCGUACAUGCGGCGGCUCCAGGCGUUUUUGGACGAGGAAGUUUCGCGGAAGGAGCGGGUGUUCCCUCCUGCAGCUUCGGUGUUCGAGGCGCUGAAUCGGUGCCCUAUGGAGAGAGCAAGGGUCGUGAUUAUAGGACAGGACCCAUACCACGGGCCAGGGCAGGCCGUGGGGCUGAGUUUCUCCGUGCCACGUGGCACGCCCCUGCCGUCCUCGCUACAGAACGUGUUCAAGGAGAUGCGCAGUGACGGCAGCAUUGCUGCCAUGCCGGCCCACGGCUGCCUGCGCCACUGGGCCGACCAGGGAGUGCUUCUCCUCAACACAGUGCUGACUGGUCCGGGGGAUCCAGUCACGAUCCUCCUCCCCAGAUUCUCUUCCGAACCAAAACCGAGUCUCCAAAAAUGCUGGCGGUGUGUGGUGGUGUGGUCGAACCAGCUGGACUCGUCUGGUUCGGAUCAUGCUGCUGUCCUGUCUCAUCUCCAGCAGAGCUUCUCUUUUGCAGCCUUCCUCGAAAGCCCCUCCCAUUCCCUUCAGCUCUGGCAGCCGUCCCCGUUAUACGUCCGCGGCCUCGUUAUGGAGGUUUCGGAAGACCGCUCUUCCGCCUCCCAAGACCACGACACGCAGCGAGCGGAAUCUGCUGCGGCUGCAGCGGCGACAAUUCUAGCGGGAGUAGUGUCCCCUGAUUCCGCCAUACCAGGCCUCACGCCCAUCCCGUCGCGGCGCUUCGCUAGGCGUAGCUCGCCACUUUCAGCUCUCCUCGCGCCGCGUACGCUUCGAGUGCCUGACGCCGUCGCCAAGUGGAGCGUACCCGAUCCUGCCACGCACUCGUUUGACGUGGAUGGCUUGGGGCAUCCCGACCAGCCUUUCUCGCCGUCCCCGCGCUCGCCGUCCCCCUACUCCCCGCGCGCGCCCCUCGCGCACUUUUCCAGCCUCCCCGUUCUCACGUUCGCGGAACAAGCCGACCCCGCGCCGCCAGCGUUCCCCAGAGUCGCGGCGCCCUCCUGGUCCGCGUUCGACAGGCUCAUAGAGGCGGACUUGGCGGAUGGGCAUAGCUCGUCGGACGAUCAUUCACUAUCGCAUGGUUCUAAUUGGCGUCGGCAUAGCGUGGGGCAUCGCAAGCGUGUCUCCCUCGGGGGUCUGCCGGUUUCGGUCCCUGUUGACGCGAUUUCGCACGCCGCCGGUGUCGUUGCAACGUCAGAAGGAGCUGCGGCGGCGGCGGCGGCGGCAGCAGCAGCAGCGGCAGAUGCGGUGACGGUGGCUCCGCCGGUGCUAGGAGCAGGAGCAGCGGAUAGAGACGGACACUUGCAGCGCGAUUGCACGUUGAACGAGGGGAUCGCGGGAAUUUCUGGGAGCGCGCACCCUCUGUCCCCCUCACACGCAGCAUACGACGCCUCCCCAGAUCCGGAUCGUAUCUUCACUCACCCCGCCAUGACCGAUGCAUUUUCGCCCGUCACCCGCGCGUACCGUGAGAUAUCGCGCACCGCCAGCAGCGACUCCGCCGCUUUGAGCGACGCGAUAGGCGGCUCGAGCAUGCUAGAGUUGUCCCUGGAUCCAAUUGAUCGGCCCCCCAUGCGGCCGCUUCCGCCCGUGCCGAGCCACGAGGGCCUCGAUAUGAUGGGGUUGGGGGGAAAUCUCAUCCCCCUGCGCAUGGUUCAGGACGGCAUGGAUCUAGGCGCGUCGGCGAUUUCCGCCGCGGUUACCCCGAUGCACGGGUCCGCGGGCCGGGGGAUGGGCGGGGGAGGAGGCGCGGAGGGGUAUUUCUCCCACAGAGUGAAGCUGUUGGUGAGCCAUGGAGGGGGGAUUGUGCACCAGGCGGGUUACCACCGCUUGCGCUACGUGGGCGGGGAGACGCGCUUGCUGUCCGUGCCGCGCCACAUGCGCUUCGUCGAUCUGCAGUCGCGGCUCGCGGACAUCUACGGCCAUAACGUCUUCAUCAAAUAUCAGUUGCCAGGAGAAGAUCUGGAUUCGCUUGUAUCCGUGUGCAACGAUGAGGAUCUGGAGAACAUGCUGGAGGAGUGUGACAGGGAGGCGCAUAAGGCGUCGGGCGGCCGCCGCGUGCGCAUGUUCCUGGGCGGCAGUGCGGGGGCUCUGGCGGUUCUUUCUCCCGUGAACCACCUCACGCCCAUCCGAUUGGGUUUACGCUCUGCCUCCACCUCCUCUUCUGCAGCUAACUCCACAGUCUCCUCUCCCACACGAUCCGCCGCCGCCGCCGCCGCUGCUGCUGCUGCAGCUGCGGCUGGUAUGGGUGGAAUGGGUGGUACGAGUGGUGGAGUGCGGUUCAUGCAGUCAAGGUCGCAUGGGGAGGAUCAUGAUAUAGAUAGCCCAUUCUUGAGAGAGUUUCCUGCAGGGCCUCUGUCACCCAUGCGGCAAUCUGUCUCUGCUGCUGCCCUGGACUACCAUCAGUCACAGCCGUAUCAUCAUCAGCAUCACCUGCUGCUGCAACAGCAACAGCAACAGCAGCAGCACCACCACCAGCAGCAGCAGCUGCAGCAGCAUCAUCAGUUGCGUAGAGGCCCGUCCGCCCCAGCUACAGCGCCCCCUGUUGCAGCAGCUGCUGCUGCUGCCACUGCUGCUGCUGCUGCUGCUUCUGCUGUUACUGCUGCUGCUUCGCAUCAGGAGGCGCAGUGGUGGCAUGGAUCUCCGCCCGCACCUGCCCCAAUUUCUGGACUCGUUUCUCCUGCGCUUCUCUCUGCACCGCUCUCUACUUCACCGCUUUCUGCUGCACCGCUCUCCACCGUGCCCGUCUCGCAUCUGCUAGCCCCCCGGCCUCCACUGGUGCAGCAGUUCGACUCUCCAACGAUACUCCACCUGGGGCCACACGAUGUUUCCCAUCCUGCCCCACACACUGCCUCACAAGCUACCUCUCACACUAACGCUCAUACUGCCCAUGCUGUCACACCUGCUGCUUCGCAUGCCAUCACACAUGCCGCGGCACAUGCUGCUGUGCCGGUAUCGGGCACCACAGAACAGGGAGCGCUAGGCAGCAGGCAGAGCAGUGUAGAGGAGAAAGAGAUGGUUUCAAGCGCAGGGGAUUGGGACACUGCGCUGCUGACUCUCAUAGGCGAUCAUAGCGACCUGCAUGGGCAUGAACAGCAGCAGAAGAAUACGUAUGAGAACUCACAUGCCCUUGCUGCAGUGCCCCAUGCUGUAGUCCCAGCGCUUGGGGAGAAUUCAGGGGAAGUUGGGAAGGUGGGGAGUGCAGGUGUGUGUUCGGAGGUGGUGUGUGGAGAUGGGGAGAGUGGUGGUGGUGGUGGUGGUGGUGGUGGUGGUGGUGGUGGUGGUGGUGGUGGUGGUGGUACGGUUGGAGUGGAGAGGUAUGGGGCAGCCACAGCCGUACCCCCUGCGCUUCCAGGCUCAGUCACCCUGCCACAGCCUGCAGUACCCAUUCCUGCUGUAGCAGCAGCAGCAGAAGCAGCAACAGCAGCAGCAGCAGCAGCAGCAGCAGCAGCAGGUGAGAUGGUAGUGGCAGACAUGACUGGAAGUGGUAGGCUUGGCGGGGUGCUACCUCCAUGGGCCCGCCCUGAAAUUGGUGCUGCUGCGGCUGCUGCCUUCCCAGCAGCAGCAGCAGCAGCAGCAGCAGCAGCGGCAGGAGUUGUGACAGCAGCAGAGGGAGGGGCAGAGGAGGGGGCAAGGGGAAGGGUGGGAGUGUGGGAGGCUACGGAUGGGGGAAACUCUGCUGAUGGUCCUUCAACUGCUGUUGAGGAACAGCAGGUUCAGUCGCAGCAGCAGCCGCCGCCGCAGCCACAGCAGCAGCAGCAGGCGGAGCAGCAGAAGCAGCAGCAGGCGCAGCCGCAGCAGCAGGAGCUUAGGGAACCCCCUAGGGCCCUUCCCAGGCGCCCAUCCGCUUCCGCCCUUGCUGCUCUAGACAACACCGCUCUCCCUCCUGUGCUCUCUUGGCUGGGGUCAGCAGCUCUAGAGCAGCAGCAGCAGCAGCGGCAAUCACUGGCGCAAGGUCAGCAGUACCACCUGUACCAGCAGCAGCAGCAGGGGCAGCAGCAGCAGCAGCAGCAGCAGCAGCAGCAGCAGCAGCAGCAGCAGCAGCAGCAGCCGCAGCAGCAGCAGCAGCAGCAGCAGCAGCAGCAGCAGCAGCAGCAGCAGCAGCAGCAGCAGCAGCAGCAGCAGCAGCAGCAGCAGCAGCAGCAGCAGCAGCAGCAGCAGCAGCAGCAGCAGCAGCAGCAGCAGCAGCAGCAGCAGCAGCAGCAGCAGCAGCAGCAGCAGCAGCAGCAGCAGCAGCAGCAGCAGCAGCAGCAGCAGCAGCAGCAGCAGCAGCAGCAGCAGCAGCAGCAGCAGCAGCAGCAGCAGCAGCAGCAGCAGCAGCAGCAGCAGCAGCAGCAGCAGCAGCAGCAGCAGCAGCAGCAGGGGCAGCAGCAGCAGCAGCUGCAGGCAGGGCCGGCUGAAUCCGGACCGUCGAUGCACCUUAACGCUUCCACCGCUUUCUUCCCCCACUCCCUCUCCGAGCCAGCUGUCACCCCCUUCUCACAUGCUCCUACCAACGCCCCACAUCCCUCCAUGUCCAUCCAGUUACCACCUGCACCCCCUGCGGUACCACCCUCCUCCACCAGCCAAUCAAUCCUCGCCACGUCAGCACUCGGAAACCCUGUAGCUGCAUCUUUAGCAGAACCUGUAGUUGCAUCUGUAGCUACGCCUGUAUCCGCUGCCUCUGUACCUACCCCUGCUGCCAUUGCACUCCCCACCCUUCCUCCUGCCUCCGCCUCCUCCUCUCCUCCGCCCUCGUCCUUUCCCAACCUCCCGUCGCCUUCAGCACUCCUCCCAUCGCCUCUCACACCCCACCCGGCGCCAGAUCUCUACGCCAGCGGCUCGUCAGAUCGCCACGUGGCAGUUGACGUGGCAUCAAUGGUCCUGGGCAGCCUAGGCAUGUCUAUAGAGCACCUAUCCCCUGGCGGAUCAGCUAUUCACGGGUCUGCUUCCCUCUCGCACACCACAGCCAGCAGCAGCGGGGCCGUCUCAUCUAGUCUCUCCUCUUCUUUCUCGAGUGAUCCUGCCACUCCGCCCUUAGGCUCUCUGAAUGUGUACUCGGCUCAGUUAGGGGCAGCAGGUGAAGGGGUAGGAUUGGGUGUUGGUGGUGCUACUGCUGGGGGUAGCAGUGGUGGUGGUGGUGGGUGGAGUAUGGGCGAUGGGGAUGCUGAUGCUGCUGCUGCUGGUGCGGCGGUUGUUGCUGCUGGUGCUGAUGCUGUUGUGGCAGUGGAGGGAAGGUCAGGCGAAGGUUCUUCUGUGGGGCUAGGAGUGAGUGAGGUAGGAGGAGGUGGGGGUGGGGCAGAGGCAGGAGGGCGGAUGGGCGGGAACGAAGCUGCUGUGGCCGAUUCUGAAAGGUCGAGCGCGGGUGUUGGAGUGGAAGCAGCUGCGCGUGCAGAGACGACAAACGAUGCGUCUGCUGCGGCUGCUGCUGCUCCGGAUGCCUUAGCAACAGGGGCUGAUGGGGAGGAGGAGAGGGGCUUGGUUGACAGUGCUGCGUUCGAGCGUUCGUUGCAAGAGGGCAAGGCAGGGGAAGGGCAGCAGCAUGAGGAGGAGAGGGAGGAGCGUGGUGGUGGGGUGGGUGAGAGCAUGGCAAGAGAGGGGGGGGCAGCAGCAGGGGCAGGAGCAGGGGUGCCGGCAGGGGCGACUGCGAGUGGGGUGGUAGGGGCAGCGAGUGGGCAGGUGGUGGGGAUGGAAAAAGAGGUGGUGGAGCGCAUGGAAGCUGCUCUGUCCUCCAAGGGUGUAGGAGAGGCCUCAGCAGGAGCAGCAAGAGAGGAUCCAUCUGGAAUGCCAGUGGUGCCGGUGGGACGGCCGCCUACAGCACCUGUGGGAGCAGGGCGGGAGGCCGAGGCAGAGGCCAAAAGACAGGGGCUGCAGACUAUAGCGAACGAGGAUCUAGAGGAGCUAAGAGAGUUGGGGUCCGGCACGUACGGCACGGUGGUGCACGGCAAGUGGCGCGGCACAGACGUGGCCAUCAAGAAAAUCAAGGCGUCGGUGUUUGACGGCCGCUCCUCCGAGCAAGAGCGCAUGCAGGUGGCGGACUUCUGGAGGGAGGCGUGUCUCCUAGCGGGGCUGCACCACCCAAACGUGGUGGCGUUUUACGGGGUGGUGAAGGACGGAGCGGACAACAGCCUGGCAACGGUCACGGAGUUCAUGGUCAACGGCAGCCUCAAGAGCGUGCUGCAGCGCAAGGGGAGGUCCAUUGAUCGGCGCAAGCGGGUGAUGAUAGCAAUGGAUGCGGCGUUUGGCAUGGAGUAUCUGCACUCGCGCAACAUUGUACACUUUGACCUCAAGUGCGAUAACCUCCUCGUCAACCUGCGCGACCCCGCCCGCCCUGUCUGCAAGGUGGGAGACCUGGGGCUAUCCAAGGUGAAGCACAAGACGAUGGUGUCGGCAGGCAUGCGCGGCACGCUGCCCUGGAUGGCGCCUGAGCUGCUGGACGGACACAAGAACGUGGCUGACAAGGUGGAUGUAUACUCGUUCGGAGUGGUGAUGUGGGAGAUGCUCACAGGGGAGGAACCCUACGCAAGCAUGCACGCUGGUGCAAUCAUUACUGGCAUUCUCACCAACAGCCUGCGCCCCCCCGUGCCUUCCUGGUGCGACCCUGCCUGGAAGCAACUUAUGGAGAGAUGCUGGGCAGCAGAUCCUGCAGACCGGCCGACGUUUUCGGAAAUAGUGGAGGCGCUGAGGGAGAUGGAGAGUAGUAUGGGAGGCGGGCCUGGGCCAGCAGGGCAGAGGUAA